AUGGACUUCCUCGCGCUGCCCACCGAGAUCCAGCAUCGCAUCAUCAGACUUCUCGAUAUGGAAGAUCUACUCAACGUUGCGCCAGCGAGCAAGCGGAUGUGGCAAGUUGUCGAGUGCGCCCCCGGAAAAUAUUGGGACGGCACCUUGCUAUGGGCAGAUGGCCGAGAGUAUGUCUACGGGAAAUACGGUGAUUACCUUGUACGACUCAUGUACGAACCGACCCUCCGAAUGCUUUUCGCGAAUUCCACGGUGCAGGAGCUAUCGGUGACGCGAACUGAUGCGCCACCCUUCGAAAUAAAGGCCCAGCGGAUUAAGAUAUCCUCUAGAGUCGAGUACCGACUGCAAGUUUUGGUGAACCACCGGCCGGCCGGCACCAGGUAUCGAAAAGUGGUGAUUACCGACCUCACGCCGAACCCGUGGCUUAUCGAAUGGCUGAACGAAUAUGCGGAUGAGGUUCAAUGCACGAUCGCCUCGCCGCUGCCGCGCUAUCUCCAAUUGAGGCCGCAGAGGUUGACUUUAUGGCCAUCCACUUCCGAUGACAUGAAUCUCGAUCGCUACCUGAUGCUGAUAAUUGAGGACAAAGACUAUAUGUUAAUAGCGAUAUAUUCGUUAACAGAAACGACGGGAAAUCGUUAUGGAUAUGUGAAUAUGACGAUCAUCGCUGUAUUAAGAUCCAAAUCAUUGGCGCUGAUG